AUGUCCAUCUCCAACAUGACAGUCUUCAUGCCUUCUGUGUUGACACUAAUAGGGAUCCCAGGCCUAGAGUCUGUGCAGUGCUGGAUCGGGAUUCCAUUCUGUGCCAUGUAUCUCACUGCUAUGAUUGGAAAUUCCCUGCUUCUGAUCAUCAUUGUUUCAGAGCGCAGCCUCCAUGAGCCCAUGUACAUGUUCCUAGGCAUGCUAGGAGUCACAGAUAUUGCACUUGCUACCACCAUUAUGCCCAAGAUGCUUGGCAUCUUCUGGUUUCAUGUACCAGAGAUUUAUUUUGAUUCUUGCUUGCUUCAAAUGUGGCUUAUCCAUACAUUUCAGUGCAUAGAGUCAGGCAUCCUCGUGGCCAUGGCCCUGGACCGUUAUGUGGCCAUCCGUUAUCCACUAAGACAUGGUGCUAUCUUCACCCACCAUCUGGUCACCCAAAUAGGGGCUAUGGUUACAGUCAGGGCAGCCAUUCUAGUAGCCCCGUGCCUAGUACUAAUAAAGUGCCGGUUGCAAUUUUACCAUACAACCAUCAUC